GAAAGAGAAUAACGAAGCCUCGGCUCGGCGGACUCUUCUUGGUUUUCCUCGUCAGUUAAAUUCCGAACGUAAGCGCGCGCGCAACGUUCCAACGUUGAAUAUUUUUUCCUCUAGUUUCAAACAACGUUUCGCUUUCUUUCAAUUUUAUUUUGAUUUUUGGGGUGACGUACGGAAUUAUUAUUAUUAUACGAAAAGUAAAUUAUAAAUAGAAAUAAAGAAUAGCAGAAAUUAUAGGAACGGGUUAGCUAGCUCUUGGCACCGCUACGGAAAUAGACAUCUAGGGAAAAAGGGAGAACGCGCGCGCUCCUUACGUGCGCGCGGGAAAGACCAGUCGAACAAAUCGAACGAAUUAAGUAAAAUGAAGGGCCUAACAUUGUCCUUGCUGAUUCUGACGGUAGUGGCAACGGUUACAAGGGUAGCGCGAUGUUACGAGCCAUUCCAAGUGAUCUUUCAAUGGAACACGAUAGACGUGAUCUGGCCGACGGAAGAGAUGCGCCAAAUGGCCCUUCGAAAGGGUGAUUACAUACCGGCUAACAAUUUGAUAUCCGGUAUUAAAUUGUGGAAAAAUAAAAUGUAUUUAACGGUACCAAGGUGGAAAAACGGAGUACCGGUUACAUUAGGCGUCACCUCGGCGAUCCCAAUCGAGAGAAAUACGGCCCCAAAAUUGGAGGCUUUUCCUAGUUGGGCCAUGCAAAAGAUCGGCGAUUGUAAUGCUUUUCAAUUGGUUCACGGCAUGGAAAUAGAUCCAAAAGGUCGAAUGUGGGUACUUGACACUGGCAGGCCCGCCGCCUUGACCUUGGACAGCAAAUCCGAGUGCAAGCCUCGCUUGGUCAUCCUAGAUCUCGAGAACAAGGGAGAAGUACUUCGUAGUUACGAAUUCCCGGAAGAAGUUGCUCCCCGCGCUACGGCCUACCUAAACGACAUCGUCUUGGAUCACGAGGAUGGCGGUAUGGCUUAUAUAACCGACAAUGGAAAUAGCGAUCCCGGUAUUAUCGUCUACUCUUUGAAGAACAACACGUCUUGGAAGAUCAGGCACGAAUCGAUGAAUGCAAAGAGCGAGGCUGUAGGCUUUAUGGUUUCUAAAACUCACGUUAUAUUACCAAUUAACAUUGACGGAAUCGCUCUCUCGCCAGCGAGCAGCAAGGACAGACAGGUCUAUUAUUCUCCCAUAUCUUCCUUUCACCUUUACUCCUUGCCAACUUCCGUUUUGAAGAAUAAUACGAAGGACGUUAAUCGAUACGUCAAAGAACUCGGUCGCAAAAGCUCGCAGACCGAUGGCAUGGCCAUGUCCGCCACCGGUGUACUUUAUUUUGGCCUUCUCGCCGAUGACGCCGUUGCUAUUUGGGACACCAAACAGUCGAACUCUUUCACCACCGGUCAAAGGAUCAUAUCAAGGGAUCACACUCAUAUGCAAUGGCCCGAUACGUUCGCUUUUGACGAGGACGGUAACUUUUACUGUGUUACCAAUUCCUUUCAAAACUUUAUCAACAAUCUCGUAGACAUCAAUGUUCCCAAUUAUCGUGUCAUUAAGACGCGAGCCUUAUCCAAGAGUUAUCAAUAUUUCGAAGAUGGCUCGGCACCGCAGCUACCGGAUAUCACAGCUGGUGCGGGUGGACUUUCCGUUCUUCUUCCUAUGAUAUUAUUGCCUCUUUUCCUUCUGAAUAUUUUUAAUUAAUUUUUCAUUCCUCCGUCCAUCCAUCCAUCCAUCCAUCCAUUUGUUCAUCAUCUACGAGUUCCAACUCGAUUCAACAAUUAUUCGAGGAUUGGGACUUACAAAUAUCUCGACCUAUAUAAGACGUAUACAUGCUGCGUAUAUAGCUAUGUGAAUUACGAUCGUACGUCGUAUGGAACCAAACUACGGAUGAAGAAAAAAAUCUACCUGAUUCGAAUUGUGAGAAUACACGAUUUCGUCUCAAUAUUAUUAUCGGUUGAUUGUAUUCCCUAAAUCUACAAGCUACGUCGUCAAAUCUCUUUUAAAUCGAGUCGAUAGGGAUCUUUUAAAAGAUGACGACUUGAACGUUGACAUUCCAAUAUAAAUAUAAUCCUUGUCGACUACGUAACAUUGCGAAUAUGCUCAUUAAGUUUACGAUAUCACGAGAAAUGUGCAUUUCCUUGUUGUCUCAAGAUGUAGCACAAGAACCGCAACGCAUUUUUCUACUUUCGUUAUAUAAUUAUUCAAAGAAAAGAAGAAUACCAAAAAAUACAUAGUAAUAACGAACAGGUGCAAGCCUGAAAUCUCUACGAAACUACCUCGAUAUUCUUAAAUAUAUUUCAAAAUGAUAUCAAUAGAAAAAAAUAAUCAAAUAACUUUCAAUUUAAUUAUUAGAUAUUAUCGAAAUAAAAAACAUCAAGCAAAAGUACUUAAACGCGAGACACCAAUGGCGACACGAACUCACGACCUCGUUUCAUAAAACGCAUAAACUUUGACUAGAGAUUCGAGAUUAGAAAGAAUCAACGACGUUACGCGCUGGUAUAACGAGAAAAAAAAGAAAGAAAGUAAUAUAUAUAUAGAGAGAGAAAGAGAGAGAGAAAAAAAGAAGAAAUCACGAGUAGAACUCAUUGUCAGUAGCUAAGAACAUUCUUCUUACGCAUUCAAUGUAUAAGAGAAGUAGAGAAGAAGAAGAAGAAGAAGAAACUUGCGUAGCAAGCCUGGAUUACUUUGUUACUUUGACCCGAGCAGACAACACCCUCGCCUUCAUAAUCGUCUAGUUUUUUUAUAUAAGCAUAUGUGUCAACGAAUUUAUGAUACACGAUAGUUUAUCCGAUCUCUAAAAACACAAAUAGCCUUGAACUUUGACACAAUUCGAUAAAUCACAGAAUGAAUUUAAUUGACGUUCCAAUAAAUAACUUAAGCGAUAAUUAUAAUCAUUCGAUAAAUCUCUGUGAGAUUAUUAAAUUCGUUAUUUAUGGCCUUUUUAUUUUUUAAUGAGAAUGUAUAUGUGUGUGAGUGUGUGUGUGCAAUCGUUGUGUUGAAUCGAUUUGCGAGUACAAGGCGUGGAAAUGUUUUAUUUACAAUUUGAAAAGGAAACGAUGGGAAGAAGUUGACUCUUUCUCACUUUCUCGUUUAAAGACGUUUCUCACAAUUGUGUUUGCCUUUCGAUACGCACGAGACGAUUCGCGUUCUACUUUUGUUCUCUCUCUCUUUCUUUCUUUCUUUCUUGCAGGUAAGAACCUCGCCUCGUUUCCAGUUGUAAACGAUGACAAAGCGUGUGCGCGCACGCGGCCGAGGGUGAGGCUCCACGCGAAUGACGAAAUCUUCCUUGGGAAAAUGCUCGCGUAAUCCAAAGAUAGAUAUUAAUUGGAGAUAACGUUUGUGUACAAUGCACCGAGAUCUCACCUUCGUUACGCUUUACAUUGAAUUAAUUCAAACUUUUCUUCCUCUUUCCUUUUUUUUUUAUCUUUACUUAUUAACUACGUUUAUUUUAUUCAUAUCUUAUUUACGCUUUGAAUAACCCUUGCCGUGCUAACGUUACCAAGUGAAAUUUCAAUAAAGUAUUCAAGAUAAAUAUUCUUUCUCGUUGUCGGUCGUAAUAAUUCAUUUUCGUUGUCAACAACAGCAAGGGGAUACAAUUAAACGAGUUGCAUUCGAUAGUUAUACGUCAUAUUUAAACAUUUCAUAGCUUCGUGGAGAUACGCAGGUGUAUUAGAAAUAUAAAAGAAAAAAUGUUCUUUACGUUAUUACGAUAUCGUCGAAAAAAGUCGAUUCAUUCUAAUGAUACGAAUGUUGCUCGUAUUGUGUAGAAAAAUUGUGUAACCAAAAUUCAGCUACCAAAGAACCACUGGCCUGUUUCGGCUUUCAGUCUUGCUGAUCGAUGCAUUUCUUUUGUUUUAUCCAUUAUUGUUUAUUCUCAAACGCAUUAAUGG